CAGUAAAACAGCUUUCGUCUUCGUGUUUUCUGUCAACUGAAGUCUGUACUGAAGAAAAUAAUGAUAAUUUUGUAAUAAUGUCUGUCCAACUGUGAUAAUGAAUAGUGUUUCAUAAUUUUAAUCUCAACUGAUCAAAAGAAAGAUUGUUUUUUUAAAUAUCAAAGUGUUUUUAUGCAUGCAACUCUGCUCACCUUAUUUCUUACCAAUCAUCACGUAUCAUCAACCUUCAAUAACACGUACACUCGUUCAAGAACCAGUAAUUUUUACAUAGUGCAAGUGAAAAAUGGCUGAGGAAAAUCCCACUAGAAAUGAGAUUAACCUAAUCUUCAAAACUCUGAUGAACAUUCCCACGAACAAGAGCUGUUUUGAUUGUAAGACAAAAAACCCAACUUGGUCAAGUGUUACUUACGGCGUUCUGAUUUGCAUUGACUGUGCGGCAGUACAUCGGUCGCUGGGCGUUCAUUUGUCGUUCGUGCGUUCCACGCAGUUAGAUGACAACUGGUCUUGGCAACAGCUACGUCAAAUGCAACUUGGUGGCAACGCUAAUGCUCAAUCUUUUUUUGAAACACACGACUGUCGAACAACUGAUGCCCAGCAAAAAUACAAUUCAAGAGCGGCUCAACUCUACCGCGAGAAAUUGGCAAAUGCUGCCAGAAACGCCCAGCGAAAAUAUGGAAGAAGUCCUCUCCUUCCCCGGAAGUGUCGAUUCGACUAGACCAUCAUCUGUGUUAACAGGCACAGUGCUGCAUUUGGAUUCUUCGGCUGCGGUCGUGAGCAAUGAAAAAUCGGAGAAAGAGAAGGAAUUCGACUUCUUCGAGGAGCACUCAAAUAAUAACUCAGGGUUUGAGUCACAGUUCAAAACUUCUCAGACAAUAAACAGUGGAGCUUCCUUGAACGGGGCACGUAUCUCGUCGCGAGCCAAGCUGAGUAGCAACGAGGAGAACACUGCUAGAGUGGCCUCGUCGGGGUGUGCACUUGGAGCAGGCAGUGGCCCCUCUAUUGAUGCAUUGCUCAGUGCUCCCUCCACCCAGCCAGAUGUCACCCGCAAGCCGACUAUUGGCACAAGGAAACCGCAGCCUAAACGCACUGGGUUGGGAGCUAAGAAGACCGGACUGGGUGCAGAGAGAGUGAAAGCUAACUUUGCCGAGAUAGAGAGAGAGGCCGAAUUGGCCGAUCAGCUCAAAAUGCAGGAAGCGGAGAAGAAGACGGUAUCGCCCGAAUUGAACAAAGAGGAAGAGGAAGCUCAGUUGGCUUCAAUGCGGCUGGCUUACCAAGACUUGAGCAUUAAACAAAAGAAGGAGGAGGACAAAUUGAAAGCAGUCGACCCGAAGAAAGCUCAGCAAAUUGAACGCCUUGGAAUGGGAUUUGCCUCCAGAUCUGGGGUUUCGCAUUCAGCCAUAAGCGACAUGAAGACAAUAGAACAAGAGACUCCGGCCAACUCAUCCAACAAGAGUAAGCGAUCCACGCUCAUGGAUUCGGACACUGAUAACUACUUUGACGAUUUCAAUUUUGUUACAACAUCGUCGUCUGGAUUCUCCAUGUACAAGGGCAGUAGCAACAGUUCUCCCCCGGACCGUGACAACCAAUCUGGUCUGGAUUCAAUGAUGUUUCUCGACCACUACAACUGCUCCUCCUCAUCUAACAACCCCUCCUCCUCAUCUAACAACCUCUCCUCCUCAUCUACCACCACCUCCUCUCGCAACCAGGCCAACAAGGGUGGCGGGGGAGGAGGGGGUUGGUGGGAACCCCAGCCGAUGAGUGCCACCAUUACGUCACCAGCCGACAAUCAUAACAACAAUUCUAGCAGCAGUGGUUACAGCAGUAGUAAUCGCAACAGUUCCAGAGGAGGUCGUGAAGCCCCCACUAGCACGAGUGGUAGUAACAGCCCGGCCGGUAGUGAUGCUCAAAAGAAGUUCGGAGCUGCCAAGGCGAUAUCAUCCAAACAGUACUUUGGAGACACCAACGACUCUACUUGGGAACGCAAAUCGAACCUGUCUCGGUUCGAGGGUUCGACAAGCAUCUCGUCGGCCGACUACUUUGGGCGGGCAGAGACGAUUCCCGGGGGCGGUGGGGUAGGGGGUGCGGGCAUCCAGACCCCCGACCUGGAUGAUGUCAAGGAGAGUGUGCGACAAGGUGUGACCAAAGUGGCCGGCCGCCUUAGCUCUAUGGCUAACGGAUUUAUGUCAUCACUGUCGGAUAAAUACAGUGGUUACUGACCUAUCCAUUCUGCAUACAUUCCAAACCUUGUCUUCUGCACCGUUAUGAUUGUCACUUCCAGGCCUCCUCAUCAGCGCAUCAUAUUUAUUCUAUUAGACAUAUUGAUAACAAGUUCAAAAUGUGAAUUGAACAUUCUUUUAAAAAAUAUAAUCACAAGUUUUAUUUUUUGUUAGCGAUCCAUGGUUUUUUCAGUAGAUUUUUCAUGUUAGCUAUCACUCUUAGGUUCGGUUGCACAAAAGCCUGUCAAAUUCAUUCAAGUCUCACAAGAACCAAUCAGAGAAGAAGGUUUCUCUGAUUGGUUCUCGUGGAAUUUAACCACGGUAGACAUUUAACUGGCUUUUGUGAAACCGUGCCUUAUAAGCUUAAUGCCUUUUUUAAAUCUAUUUAUUCUAAAACUAUCCUAUUGAAUUGUGUCCUUGUAUAACUAUGUGUUUUUUCCAAUAUAUUAUCCUGAAAAUAUUCUAUUUAAUUAUUGUAUCAUUGAAAAUUGAUUAAGUUUCGUUGAAAUUUUUUGUUUAAAUUUGUUCUUAUUGUGAACAGUUGUUGAAUGUGUUUAGGAGUUUGCUCUGAGUUUAAUUGUUAAUUUAUUUUAAUAGAUGAUAAUUUGAAGAAUUUAGUGGCAUAUACUUUUGUUCCCCCAUGUAAGAGAGAUAAAUUUGAAAUGAAAAACAGGGCAUUGGUUCAAAUAUUGUGUGUAUUGCUUUAAAAGCUUCUUCACAUUAAAUUUUAUAUUAUUUAUUGCACUUGCUGCUUAAUAUAAAACGUAACUUAUUUAAUAAAGGUUUUCAAAGUUCAUUCAGGUUUUAAAUUGAAAUAAGUGAUUAAUAUUAUUUUAUAAUACACGCAUUUUAUCCAUUUCCAAUCAAUUUGAAACGUAUAUCAUUAAAACUUCCAAAAUACCAAAAAUAGAGUGAUGAUUAACCUAUUGUUAAUUGGAAUAAAUUGUGAUUGAAACAAUAGAAACACUGAAUAUUCCACGCAAAUAAAUGAUAAUUUAUAAUUUCCUUAACUAAACGAAUACAGGAUUAAUUCUUCCUCAGAAACAAUCCUUUAUAAUAUACUUGUUUUACCUAACUUUUGUAUAUGAAGUUUUAGUUGGCAUCUUUUAUACUGCUGGUUUGAUUUCCAAACAAAAAGUUUAUGCCAACACGUUUUAAAACUGUUUAAUCUUCAUCAAACCACAAUUAAAUCUUUGAAAGACUUUGAAAGAAAAUCUCAUAUUUUAUCAGUUGCAUUCUGUUCCCAGUUAAUCACGAUAAUUCUUACAUCAGUCAUAAUUGUUAUUCAAUUUAGUUGUUUUUUUUUCAAGUUUUCAUGCUAUUCUUUUCUUGUUUACUUUCUGUUUUUGUCUCGUAUUUUACUAUUUUAUCAUGGAGUUGUAUAGUAGUAUCAGAUAUGAUUAGAAACUAUAAAAUUGCAUUGAGAUUUUAUUGUAAAAAUAAAGUUGUAAAUACUGUU